UACAGGGUUGUAGUCGUUAUUUUGUUGGCAAGCUACACAAUUCCCAGGCUACACGUAAAUAAUUAGGCAACAGUUUCCCAUUACUGUAUAAGCAAAUAAAAACGUGUUAACUAUAAAGGAAAACCAUAAAGCUGAACAAACCAUAUAGACAGAGACAUGGCAAAAGCAGCCAAGAAAAUACAUGAUGAUUUGAUGGACAUUAUUAGUCGUGACUUGACUGAAAAAGAAGUCAAGUUAUACAAGAAACGCCUUAGAACUGAUGAUUAUGGAGGAUUUAGGGCACGGGAAGUUGAAAAUAUGGACACCAUGGAAGAUGUUUUAUCUGCUCAAGAGAAGCGAAGAAUUUUUACUAUUGGCGAUUAUAGUAUGCUUAAAGAGCAGUUACAAAAAAUUAACCAUACAACACUGGUGGAGGUAGUCACACAAUAUGAAGAAAAACUGAGAGAUGAAGGUGUUACAAUUAUACAAAAACAAGAAUCUAUGGAUGCAGAACCGUAUGUAACAUCUCCUGGUUUAACCAAUACACCUGGGAUUUCUGUUCGCAAAGACCAAGGCGAUUGUUAUCCUGCUGGUAAGGGAUAUGUCGUGUAUAUCUCAAUCUUUGUUAAAGAAAAAGACCAUACAAAACGUCCUCGAGAUGGUGUACUAGUAGACAAACGAAACAUUCAUCGUUUCUUUAAAGAUAGAGAGUUUACGAUUAAAUUCUUUGAAGACACACGGACACCAGAAGAAUUGUGGGAAAUCAUUGAUGAUGUAAAAAUGGAUGCCGAGAACAGCAGCAGUUUCUUCUUUAUCAUCUCAAGCCAUGGCAAAGGGAUCACAUUGAAAAACGAGUCUGGUGGGGCUGAAUUACACAAGGAUACCCAAAAGCCAGUUGUCAUUUCUGAAGAAAUUCGGUUGGUAGAGACCAACGCAUAUGUUCGAGUUGAUGAAAUAGUAUCAAAGUUUGAACAUUUUAUGAUUGGUAAGCCGAAGGUAUUGAUUUUCCAAGCCUGUAGAAGCAUACCAGAACUACAACCAGUCAGAGACAGGUCAGAUGAUGACAGUUUUCCAGUAGACGUUGAUGAUGCGGUGAGAUAUUAUUCUGCGAUAAUACCGGGGAAUGCCGACAUGGUGGUUGUACAUGAUACCAGUAGAGGAGACAAAGCUUACCGUAAUAAAGAGGUUGGUGCUUGGCUGUUCAAUGAGCUAUUUGUCAAUCUGGGUGAAAGAUUCAAAACAGAGCACCUAUUGGAUGUCCUUACACGAUUAAACAAUCGGAUUUCAAAACGCAAAAAUCAUGAUGGCAAGGCUGGACUUCAGAUGUCUUGUUUCAUUUCAACUUUAACUAAGUUCUUUUACUUAACUAAGUAAUGAUUAACUUUUGCCCUAAAGUUAAUUUAUUUUGUAUUUAUUGCCUGAAGGACUUGUGUAUUACUAGUGACAUAAUUGUUAAUUGACUUUUCUCAAUUUGUUAAUGCUAAGGAUUGUAAAACAUCCAUUGUUUUUGUGUUUCAGUGAUGGAUAACCUUGUUUUACAUAAAUUUGUUCUUGUAUGUAUUGCGCUGCUGUUGCUGCUGCCACUGCUUUAGACUUGCCACAAGUCUCUAAUUUAUUGAAUGUCUGUAAUGUUAGAUAAUUUCAAAGAGUGCCACCAGCAUCUGUUUUUGAUAUGUUGUUGAAUUUGGAUUGGGAAUUUCAAAUCCCAGAAAAAGUAUAGUAUGGAACACCAUGCAAAUAAGUAAUAUGGAAAUGCCCUUGGUGCCAAAAUAGAUUUAUUUUUAAUUGUUUUCACUGAUUAGGACAAAAUUAGGGACUGGAACCCAGCCUAUCACCGCUUUAGCUGACGCUUAUUGCAUCUCUGCUGCUGUGAUCUCCGAGUGAUUCUCAGGAUGUUGUUUGUGUAACUAAAUUAAGGGUAGAAUGGCUCAUUUGUGUAAGUAAUUCCUAGAGAAUAACAGUGUAUUCUUUCUUUUCUGCACUGUUCUACAAUGAAUUUUAAAUCUUUUUGAUUUUUAAAAGUGUUCACAGUGUAUAUAUAUUCAGUAGUUGUAGUUGCUAAAAAGCAGGGGGAGCGGAUCCAGAAUUUUUCAAACGGGAAAUAAAUUUUCAAAAUAGAUAAGUGCGUAGCGCUUAUUUCAAUACAUAACAUUAAUAUUCAUUGAAAUUUAAAUAUUUUGUGCCCCGUGCUCCCAACUGGAUCCGUGCAUGCAAUAUUAGUAAUGUGUUUUUAAAUUUAUGUAUACAUGUUUAUAGAACAGUGUUGGUUGUUUUUUAUUACAUCCAUUGCAUAUUUCAAAGACCUUGAAACAAAGUAUAAUUAUGACAUAUGUUUUUAGUACAAAUUUAGUAUUAAUCUAGUAGUUGAUUGUUUUGUACUGUGUUUCAGUUAUUACUGAACUAUACUAAUGGUUUUAAAUCAUGAAUUACUAGAAAUAAAAUGUUUUAUAGCCAAAUGAAAUCAGAAGAUGUUAAAAAACAUUAAUUUGCAUAUGUUGCUUGUAAAAUUGUGACUUGAUGCUUAUAAAGCAUGUCAAUGCUGCUUGUUAAAUUUGGAAGCAAUUGAAACUUUUUUAUAUGUAAAUGUAUAGUAUUGCCCUGUGUAAAACACAAUUAUUGGUGUAGAUUUAUAGAUAAUUUCAUACUAAAUUUUGUAUGGUAACCUUAGUAAUAAGUAUUAGAAUUAGGUUGGAUUACCAAACAUUAGAACGCACAUUCUUGGUUUUACAUUCCAUGUAUUCUGUAUUGCAGCUGAUGUUCUUUUGAUUAUAACAACUUGUAAUGUUCACAAGAACAAUAAACUCAUCGAACUGUCAUAUUUACUCAA